AACGGAUUGGGCCAAAGAUGCCUAGAAAUCUGGGAUUCCCCGGGCUCCUUCGGCUGUACACGCGCAUUCCUGACACCAAAACCUGACGACAACUGCUUGGACCACCACUUGGUUCUCCCAAGAUGCCAAUAAACCGGCAGCUAAGCCAACUACUCGCGCCGCCGCGCCUCUCUACCCGGCCACUCCUACAAGGCAGCAACCUCAUUUAUCCCUCAAGCCCAUCUCUCCAUCUCUCAAUCUUUAUGACACGAAUGUAAAAGCCCAAAGGUCCGAGGCCUGACCAGGGAAUCAGUUCAACUCCAACAAGACCGAAGUGGGAUCACGUCAAGAUUGUUCCAUCUGCUAUCCAUAAUUAACCGGCAAUCAUCCUCGACGGCAGUCAUACCUGAUCAUCCAACCACCCCCGCCCCUUCGGCGCGCCCCAACCCUCACCAUGGGCUACCUCCUCUACUUUAUCUUUUUCGCUUCAUUUGUUCUUGGAACAGCGCUCUACCUACUUCGCGAACGAUGGACACCAUAUCUACCCUCUCGAGUGCAGGACGUCAUGUACUCACGACUUCCGACAAGUUUCAUGGGCGACGUUGAAUCUGGUUUCACGUCGGCCGAUUUUGAUCUGUCCAGCAAUGUCAUGGAAGGCGACUCGCGCUCAGGACUGGACCCCAAGUCCAAGCGGGAAAUUCAACGAUUAAUGAAGAUUCGAGGCGUCAAUUUCGACGAAGCUAGACGUGUCUACAUGGAGCAGAGAUUUAAAAAGGCCGGCAUCAGUGCCGACGGUAUUCCGAGAGAUCCCAAGUUUGUUUCAUUUUCCUAGACACUAUACAAAGACGGGACUUUGAUCUUCGGGGCAUCUCGAGGCGACUCGACAUGGCGUCCAGGCACGGUAGCAUGGUACAGGCCGAUCAGUUUGAUUCGGCCAUAUUUUCCAGAUAUCAAUCUCAUGCAGCUGUCGUUCGAGGGUUUUUCAUAGCCUGUCAUAAUCUAUCCCUCCUUGGUCUAUGAAUUUAAUGUUGGACAUCUCAAACUGAAUAUAGUUCAUUUUUCCUCA